AUGGACUUGGUGGAGCAUGUGAGUCAUUUCAGUCAGAGAAUGACUGUCCAUUCUAAAGACAAAACCCUGAUGUGCAAGGUGUUCCCAUCCAGUCUGGAACCUGUGGCAAUGAGAUGGUUCGACGGCCUAAGGGCAAAUUCCAUAGGUUCCUCUAAGGAGCUCACUCGGACAUUUGGCUCUCAUUUUAUUACGUGUACUAGGGUCCUUCGGCCCAUAGAUUCCCUACUGUCCUUAUCCAUGCAAGAAGGGGAGACUCUGAAGACAUACUCGGACAGAUAUUGGAAAAUGUUCAACGAGAUUGAUGGUGAUUUUGAUGACGUGGUCAUCAACACCUUCAAGGCCGGCCUUCUAACCGAGCACGGUUUAAGGAAGUCUUUGACUGGCAAGCUAGUCACCAGUGUGCGCCAACUCAUGGACCGGAUUGAUAAGUACAAGAGGGUUGAGGAAGACCAGCAGUUAGGGGAAGGAAAAGCUAAGGUUAUCCCUUAA